AUCAAAAGAAUAAUAAUAAUCAAACGGUUAUACUGAAGAGAAGAGACGGAACAGAUUUAAGAUGAAUCCAAUUCAAAGUCUGAAACUUUGACACUUAGCUUUGUGAACGAGGAGAGAGAGAAAGAAGGAAUCUGAUCUGACUUCUGAGUCCACCCACUGGUCCUUCUUCAGCUAAAGUAGGCAUUUCAGAUCCUUUCUCUCUCUGAGUGUCUGGGUUUGCUUUACUAUAGUCUUUGUUUUAUACAAUAUAGUUUUGUGUUUGUGUUUGUGUUAGUACAAUUUUACAUUUAUAUUCAGUUUGUGUUUUUAUAAAUUUUGAUUCCAAACACAAACUGGGCUAUGUCACAAUUGGAAGAUCAUCAACUAGGCUUGAUACUCGAGUGGGUCAAUGACCAGCAGGACAGAAAGUCAGUCUCUCUCGUCUGUAAGCAAUGGAUGAGAGUGGAGGGUCUUACCCGGUUGUCCAUACGGGUUUUGGAACCCGAUUUCCUUUGUGGGUUCAUACCAAGAUUCCCAAAUAUAUUCACAUUUGAAUGUUCAAGGUUGAUCAACAAUGACAACCUUAAACUGUUGUCCAAAACAUGUCCCGAGAUCAAGGUCCUCAACCUUAAUUUAGAUUGCCCAGUUGAAUUUUCUUCUGAAGAAUAUCUGUUGGCUUCUGAUGAUGUUGGGGACGAUGGAGUAUGUGCUUUAGCAAAUGGGUGUCGUAAAUUGUCAAAGGUUUCACUGAGGACGAGGAAGAAUAUGGGCGAUGUUGGACUUGUUUCGCUUAUUAAGUUGGCACAAAAUUUGACCAAUUUGGAUUUGGGUUGGUGCAAUAAGAUUACAGAUCAAGCCGUUGAAGCGAUUGGGGCAGCAAAUUCUAUUACCAUUUUGAAUUUGGAAGGUUGUUCCUUAAUUACAGAUGUUGGAUUGGCUUAUUUGGCAACAGGGGCUUUGUCGAGGUCUUUAAAAAAGUUGGUUCUUGAGAGUUGUUAUCAAAUUACAGAUAAUGGGGUGUUGCUUUUGCGGCAAAUGUGUUGCUUGGAGGAGCUAAACAUCGCAUAUUGUGGGCGUAAAGUUACGGAUAUUGGAUGUACGGAAAUUGCUGCAAUUCAAACUCUCAAGAUACUAAAUUUGUCAUGGUUGUGUAAUAUGUCGGAUCCUACACUUUUUGCACUAGCCGAGAACUGCCAGAAUUUGAUGCUGGUUGAUUUAACAGGUUGUAAGUUAGUUACUGGAGCUGGAAUUCGUGCUUUUACAAAUCAUGGGUGUGUCGAAACUCUUGUGUUGCUUUCUUGUUGCAAAAUUUCUGGUAAUGAUUUGGAACAUUUAGCACUUGGAUGCCGCUCUCUGAAGUAUGUUGUGCUUGAUAAAGGAAAGAAAUUGAGGAUACCUAUGAUGAUGCAACGGAAUAUUAGCAGGUUCUAUGACUUAAUUUGGAGGUGAUUUGAUGAACAAAGAAAUAUCAAUUUGGUUGGAUUGGAUGUGGUAAAUAAUUCCAAGCCAACAUGCUAUUUUCUUCUGUGUCCCAUUGGGCAUAAUUCUGUUUAAGCUUUUAAGUAAUGUACAUUUUUGUGCUUUCUGUUCUACUCAUCUUAAUUUUUUUCUGAACUUACUAAUUGUCAAAUUAUAUAUAGGGUUUGAGAAUAGUACAGUUGCAAUACUGAAGUCUUGCAUUUAAUUAUAUAAGAAUAGUACAGUUGCACAGGCUACUGACAAGAUGA